AUGUGGAGCAAGACAAUUAGUUUUCCCCUUCCUCUUGAUCAUUGGCUGCUGCUUCUUCUUCUUCUUCAUUUGAUCUUAGUAGGCCUUGCUUGUGUUCAAGGAAAUGACCAAAAGAAGUUUUACAUUGUGUACUUGGGAGAUCAUGCUGUGAAUGAGGACUCUGAAGCAGCCCAAACACAUAUUGAUAUCCUCUCAUCUGUGAAAGAAAGCUAUGUUGAGGCUAAAGAGUCCAUGGUUUACAGCUACACAAAGAGCUUCAAUGCAUUUGCUGCUAAGCUUUCUAGUGAUGAAGCCGAAAGAUUAUCGGGAAUGGACGAAGUUCUGUCCGUGCUUCCGAAUAGGUAUCACAAGCUGCACACAACAAAAUCAUGGGACUUCAUUGGGUUACCAUUAAAAGCUAGACGAAAUUUAAAGCUUGAACGUGACAUAAUUGUUGGUCUCCUUGAUACAGGAAUUACUCCAGAGUCCAAAAGCUUUAAGGGCGACGGCUUUGGUCCUCCACCAGCAAAAUGGAAAGGAACUUGUGGCCACUUUGCUAAUUUCUCAGGAUGCAACAACAAGAUCAUAGGUGCCAAGUACUUCAAGCUUGAUGGAAAUCCAGAUCCAGCUGACAUCUUAUCUCCUAUAGAUGUGGAUGGUCAUGGGACUCAUACCUCAUCAACCUUAGCAGGCAACCAAGUUCCCAAUGCCAGCCUCUUUGGCCUAGCCAUGGGCACUGCAAGAGGUGCAGUGCCCUCAGCUAGGGUGGCCAUGUACAAAGUGUGCUGGGCUAGCUCCGGCUGCACAGACAUGGACAUCCUAGCUGCAUAUGAUGCUGCCAUACACGACGGUGUCGAUGUUAUAUCAAUUUCUAUUGGUGGAGGGGGGCCAAAUUACGUUCGGGACAGUAUAGCAAUAGGUGCAUUUCAUGCCAUGAAGAAGGGCAUCAUCACUGUGGCCUCAGCUGGAAAUGAUGGACCAAGUUUGGGAAGUGUUGUUAACCAUGCACCAUGGUUUGUGACUGUGGCAGCGAGUGGCAUUGAUAGGCAGUUCAUUAGUAAAGUUCAUCUGGGAAAUGGCAAGGACGUCUCAGGGAUUGGAGUGAACACAUUCAAUCCAAAGAAAAACUUGUACCCUCUUGUUAGCGGGGUUGAUGUAGCACGAAACUCUCAAACCAAGGAGAGUGCAAGGUUCUGUCUUCAGGAUUCAUUAGACCCUAACAAGGUAAAGGGAAAGCUUGUUUUAUGCAAACUGGAAAAUUGGGGAGCAGAUUCUGUUGUUAAGGGAAUUGGAGGUGUUGGCACUAUUAUUGAAGAUGAUCAGCUUCUUGAUGCUGCUCAAAUAUUCAUGGCACCAGGAACCAUGGUCAAUGAUACAAUUGGAGAAAUCAUAGAUGAGUAUAUACAUUCAACAGGAUCACCAUCAGCAGUGAUAUCCAAGUCUCACGAAGCAAAGAAACGUGCUCCGUUUAUCGCUUCAUUCUCAUCCCGUGGUCCGAAUCCAGGAUCAGAACGCAUCCUCAAGCCUGAUAUUGCAGCACCUGGGGUUGACAUUUUGGCAUCUUACACUCUAAGAAAGUCACUCACUGGGUUGGAAGGUGAUACACAAUAUUCAGAAUUUACAAUCAUGUCUGGAACUUCCAUGUCAUGCCCCCAUGUUGCUGGAGUAGUAGCAUAUGUAAAGUCCUUCCACCCUCAUUGGUCACCAGCUGCAAUCAGAUCUGCCAUCUUGACCACAGCGAAACCGAUGAGCCAGAGGGUGAACAGCGAUGCAGAAUUUUCCUAUGGUGUUGGCCAAGUGAACCCAACUAAAGCUGUAAACCCAGGCUUAGUCUAUGACAUGGAUGGGACAUUGUCCUACAUUCAGUUCCUCUGCCAUGAAGGCUAUAAAGGGUCCUCAUUAGCCCCUUUAGUGGGCUCAAAGUCCGUAAACUGUUCCUCAUUGCUGCCUGGACAAGGCUAUGAUGCUCUCAACUAUCCCACUAUGCAGCUCAGCUUGAAAAGCAGCAAACAACCAACAGUAGGUGUUUUCAGAAGAACUGUCACCAAUGUGGGUCCUGCUAAAUCCACCUACAAUGCCACCAUCAGAGCACCAAAAGGAGUUGAAAUCAUUGUUAAGCCCAUGAGCUUGUCUUUCUCUACCACUUUGGAAAAGAGGACCUUCCAAGUUGUGGUAAAGGCGAACCCAAUGCCUAGUAUGCGAAUGAUAUCUGGCUCCCUCGGAUGGAAAAGCUCUCGUUACACGGUGAGGAGCCCCAUUGUCAUUCACAGUCCAUGAGGAUGUUACUUGAACUUGAAGGUACGUAGUAUAGGAAAUCAAUGAAGGACUAAGUCCAUGUACAAUGAACAAGAGUGAACUAUAUUUGCAUUCUCACAUGCUCUCUCCAAUGUAUUGAAUGUAAAGAAAAAAGAAAUACAAAUAGAAAUUGAAACAAAUAAAAACUUUGU